AUGGUUGUUCGACAGUACCAAGAAGAACUGAAAUAUCUGGAGAAGAUGAAUGAUUAUUGUUGGAAAAUUAAAAAAGGAUUUCAACCUAAUAUGAAGGUAGAAGGCGUGUUCUACGUGAAUGCUCCAUUGGAGCGAUUAAUGUUGGAUGAACUACGCAAUGCUUGUCGGCCAGGAGCUGUUGGUGGUUUUCUUCCUGGAGUUAAACAAAUUGCCAAUGUUGCUGCAUUACCAGGAAUAGUAGGAAAAUCUGUAGGACUGCCCGAUGUGCAUUCCGGAUAUGGUUUUGCCAUUGGUAAUAUGGCUGCGUUUGAUAUGAAUGAUCCACAGUCAAUAGUAUCGCCUGGAGGUGUUGGAUUUGAUAUAAAUUGCGGUGUUCGUCUUCUCCGAACGAACCUGUUUGAAAAAGAUGUCCUUCCUGUUAAGGAACCACUCGCCCAAAGCAUGUUCGAUCAUAUACCGGUUGGUGUAGGCUCUAAAGGUAUCAUUCCAAUGAAUGCGCGUGAUAUGGAAGAAGCACUUGAGAUGGGCAUGGAUUGGUCACUUCGCGAAGGGUAUAUUUGGGCGGAAGAUAAAGAACAUUGCGAAGAGUACGGUAGAAUGCUUAAUGCUGAUCCAUCGAAAGUGUCCGUACGAGCAAAAAAACGUGGGCUGCCUCAGCUUGGAACAUUGGGUGCCGGUAAUCACUAUGCAGAAAUUCAAGUGGUUGAUGAAAUCUACAAUACUCGAGCAGCCAGUAAAAUGGGAAUUGAAGAAAGAGGCCAAAUUUGUGUUAUGAUUCAUUCAGGAAGCCGAGGAUUUGGUCACCAAGUAGCAACAGAUGCAUUGGUACAAAUGGAAAAAGCCAUGAAGCGAGACAACAUCGAAACGAAUGAUAGACAGCUUGCAUGUGCUCAUAUUAAAUCAAAGGAGGGGCAAGAUUAUUUGAAAGCAAUGGCUGCAGCUGCAAAUUUUGCUUGGGUAAAUCGGAGUUCGAUGACGUUCUUAUGUCGUCAGGCUUUUGCAAAACAAUUUCAUAUGACACCAGAUGACUUGGAUAUGCACGUGAUAUACGAUGUUUCUCAUAACAUCGCAAAAGUGGAAGAGCACAUGGUGGAUAACAAACAACAAACACUUUUAGUGCAUAGAAAAGGAUCAACGCGGGCUUUCCCUCCACAUCAUCCGCUUAUACCUGUGGAUUAUCAGUUGACUGGACAACCGGUUCUAAUUGGAGGUACAAUGGGAACCUGUAGUUAUGUGCUUACCGGCACCGAACAAGGCAUGCAACAAACGUUUGGUACAACGUGUCACGGAGCUGGUCGAGCAUUGUCCAGAGCCAAAUCACGACGAAAUUUGGAUUAUGUAGCUGUCUUGAAUAAAUUAGAAAAAAUGGGCAUUUCAAUAAGAGUAGCCUCCCCCAAGUUGGUAAUGGAAGAAGCUCCAGAGUCCUACAAAAAUGUAACUGAUGUCGUAAAUACGUGUCAUGCCGCUGGAAUAUCACAGAAGUGCAUAAAAUUACGACCAAUUGCAGUGAUCAAAGGCUGAUACCGCACAGGAAAUACACUAUUAUCUUUGUCAUACAUGUUUUAUAAUUAACGUUUCUAACAAAACUGAUCUGAAGGUAUCAUCAAUUACAACUUAUGAUUGGAGUUAUAUUACACUAAAAUUGUUUACCGAUGGAUGGUGAUUGUAACUUCUAAAGGAGAAUAGAAUGUAUGCAAUCUGCUAAGAUAUAAGUGCGAAAUUUCAAAUAUACUAAUGUUAAUGUCCCA